UGUGGGCUGAGUGUGUGAAGCUCUUGCAUUGAUAACUUGCAGCUCAGAGUCGCUGGGUCUCACUUUGUGGCCGUCCCCAUCGCCUGGAACUCCCUUCGCCCACGCUCUGCCUCCUUGCUGCUUCUCACUCUAGGACCGUCUGCGGCCGCGCCGGGACCCCCAGCCUGUAGUUGUCACCAUGACCCCAUCCCUGCCGCUUUUGCUGCUGCUGCUCGGCCUCAUGGGAGCUCAAGCCACAUUUGACCAUCGCACGGCCGCUGCCAUGGCGGCAGGUCUGUGUAAAACCCGCCCCACAGACCUGGUGUUCAUCGUGGACAGCAGCCGCAGUGUUCGCCCAUCAGAGUUUGAGCAAGUGAAGGUCUUUCUGGCCAAAGUCAUCGAGGGGCUGGAUGUUGGAACUAACGCAACGCGUGUGGGGGUUGUCAACUACGCCAGCCGAGUCAAGAAUGAGGUGUCCCUAAAGACUCAUCGCACCAAAUCGGCGCUGAUCAAGGCUGUCACCAGGAUUGAGCCCCUGUCCACUGGAACGAUGACCGGACUGGCCAUCCAGUUUGCCCUGAACGUGGCCUUCAGUGAGGGCGAGGGAGCUCGUACCAGAUCUAAUGAUAUCAGCAAGGUUGCCAUUAUCGUGACGGACGGACGUCCCCAGGACAACAUAAAAGAAAUUGCUCUGCGUGCACGAGAGGCGGGCAUCGAGAUAUUUGCCAUCGGUGUCGGACGUGUGGACAUGACCACUCUGAAGCAGAUGGCCAGCGAUCCUCUGGACGACCACGUGGACUACGUGGAGAGCUACAGUGUAAUUGAGAAACUCACCAAGAAGUUUCAGGAGGCCUUCUGUGUGUCUGACCUGUGCGCCACUGGGGAUCAUGACUGUGAGCAGGUAUGCAUCAGCAGUCCAGGAUCAUACAAGUGUGCCUGCAGAGAUGGCUUUACCCUCAUGGAUGAUGGUCGCAGCUGCAGUGCUUGCAGCAAUGCUGCAACCGAUGUGGUGUUUCUGAUCGAUGGCUCUAAGAGUGUCCGUCCCGAGAACUUUGAGCUUGUCAAGAAGUGGAUCAACCAGAUCAUUGACAAACUGGAUGUCUCUGACAGCAAGACUCACGUUGGACUUGUCCAGUACUCUAGCUCUGUCAAACAGGAGUUUCCCCUGGGGCGCCACAACAGCAAGAAAGAUCUUAAAGACGCUGUGAAGAGGAUGGCUUACAUGGAGAGGGGAACCAUGACAGGCCAGGCUCUCCGUUUCCUGACAGAAAACAGCUUCAGUCCAGGUCAGGGUGCCCGACCUGGAGUAAGCAAGGUAGGCAUCGUCUUCACUGAUGGUCGCAGCCAGGAUUAUAUCGGAGAGGCAGCCAAGAAAGCAAAAGAAAAUGGAUUUAAGAUGUACGCUGUUGGAGUGGGAAAUGCAGUUGAGAAUGAGCUGAAAGAGAUUGCAUCUGAGCCAACUGGAGAGCACUACUUUUACACCGCUGACUUCAAGACCAUGACCCAGAUUGCCAAGAAGCUCCAGAUCAAUAUCUGUCAAGACGAGGACCCUUGUGAAUGUGACUCGCUUGUAAAAUUCCAAAAGAAAGUAGAAGUCGCCAUACAGGCGCUGACAAAAAAAUUAGAGAACAUGUCGAAGAGGAUUGCCUUGCUGGAGAACAAAAUUGUCUGAGGGCUCACAUCCGACUCUCCUGUACACAUCUACACACCCACCAGCGUGCACACACAACCCCCCCCUUGUUUGAAACUUCCAGUUAAGUGUUGCAGAGGGACUUGUGUGUGCGUGAGAGGACCUGGACUUCUGCAUCUGCCCUGAACUCUCCAAAAUCUGCAAAGCACCUCUUGUCUCCUCCUCUCUUCUUCUCCCCCUUUGCUUCCAAGUGUCCCAGGACACAACCUGCCAGAUGUCCCGGGGACUGCGCACUUACGUGCUUCAGUCACAUCCUCCAAAUCCAGCCUGUGUGUUUGUUAAUAAAAGUCUUCCCUCAUAGGGAAAUUGGUGACAGUUUACGAAAGGGCUUUCAUUGUCAUUAGCAUGAUGCCGAAGUUCCCAAAAACGCCAGAGGUCUGUGUCAUCUCACGUCAAGAGGAGCAGGGCAUCACCUCCAUUUGUUUGUCGUCAUCCUUCCUUCUUUCCUUCAGCUGUUAUAACUCUUUUCUAUUACCUUCCAACGCAAAAUAAGUUAUAUAUUAUAUACACAUAAAUUAAUACAAGAUUUAUGUCUGAAGAGAAGGAUACACCAGUGAUGUUUAUUUUCCUAAAUAAAGGUGAUAUGG